AUGGAAACAGAUGAGACGGAUACAAAAAGUAGAUUUGAUUACAACAUUGAAGAUUCAUAUUCUGCGAUAAAUAGUUCAAUUUUGGAAUAUUACAAAAAGUUUGGUAGAAAAAGGGACUUAGAACAAUUUUUUUCCUUAUCAACAACACAGAGUGAUAUAAAAGACCCUUCUAGUAUAUUCUGGAGAAGAAUGAAGUCACAGUAUGAUUCUUCUGACUCGGGAGAUAAUAAGAAAAGUGAAUCUUCUACGGAACUAUGUAGGAUUACUGUCAAGUGUUCAAUUCCUGAACCUAGUUCUUCAAAGGAAGAAAAUCCAAGGACAAAGAUUGAUUCAGUUUCCCCUCCCAUAAUAAGUGAAGAAGCAGCGACACAACAGUGUCAGAGUUCUGACAAUGAGUCUGAUAAAUCAAAUGAUGCUCAGUCUCAGAAAUCCCAUGAUUGCACCCUUGAUACCUCUAUGAAUAAACCCAUUUCACCGACAAGUAGUAUAACAUCGCAGCGCAAGCUUGAAUGGGACUCCUUAGCUGAUGUUGGCUACGCUAAUGAAAGUGAUAGAAAGAAUUCAGCUUCCAGUCUAAGUACUCUCGAGAGAAUGGCUUUGCAACAACAAUACUCUAAUGAAACAAAACACAAUUCAGACCUGGGGCCACCAACUGCGCAAUCGACCCCAGUUGAUGUUAAUGAUGUUAAAAUGAAAAGUAAGAAGACCGAUUCAAAAAAAACUACAAAGAUAUAUAAAAAGGACAUUGAUUUAUUUGAACUGAAUGUACCACAAAUUUCUGAAUAUAUGAAGCCUAUAAAUGUUAACUUGACGAAACAUAUAUUGUUUAAUGUUGAGAAAGAUGGUGGUGUGUCCGUUGAGAAUAUGUCAAAAAGCGUUAGUUUGAGCCCUGAAAAAGUUUCUGUUGAAACUGCAAUAACACCACAGGUCAAAAUGGAUAAAGAAAUCCAAACCACUUUGGUCAAAACUAAAGACCGCACUGUACAGCCUGAACAAAGUGAAUCUGUUAAAAAGAUUCCAGUGUUAAUCAGUGUAAAUACUUUAAAGAAAAGAGUUAGGAGGAAAAAAGUAAGGAAAAUAAGAAGACAGAAUAGUAGAAAACAAAGUGUCAUUGACAAAGAAAACAUUCCAGAAAAACAUACUGAACAAGUUUCUGAUGCAGAGAGUUUUGAAUAUAUGCCAGGACAUAUUUAUAAUCAGAAUCAGUUACAAAUUGACAAGGAUGCAGUAAAUCCAUCCGGGAACAAAUCUAGCUUAGAAUCGAGUGCCGGUUUGACUACAGAUUCAAGCAAAACAUCAAAGUAUUCAUUUACCAAAGACUUAGAAAAGGGAAUAGACAUGCUUAAGAACACAUUGGAUUAUAAAUGUGACGACCCUAAUUUAAAGAAGAAACUAAUCAGAGAUGUUGUUGAAAAAUUGAUUAAAUCUAAAUACAGAGAUGAUGAAACUUCCACUGAAUUUCUGUCAGGACUUACUUUUGAAAGCAAAAAAUUAGAUUUGUAUAAUCAACACACUACAACAAGCACAUCUGAGAAUGAUACUAUGAAAAGAGGUAAAUUACUGAAACCCAAGAAGUCCAUUUUACGUAUUGAUAAAUUCAAUUCAGGACCUGUAGCUUCCACUUCCCAAAGUGUUCCUAAUCUACAUACAGUUAUCAAUCAAGAGAAACCUAUUGCACCUAAGAUUGGACGAAUACAACUAUCUCAUACCGAUUCAGAUAUUUCAAAUAAAAAUAAGAUCACUUCUGACACUGGUAUUGAUAAAAUAUCUUCAGAACAAUUAUACCAAAAAUAUCUUGAAGCUUUACAGAGAGAACAAGCUUACAAAAGACAUCUUAAAGAUAAGGAAAUAUUUCUAAAACAGAAGUUAGCAAGUUCUGAUAUUGCUUUUGAUGCUGUAAGACAUGCUGAAACUAAAACACAAAACAGAAUAAAGGAUCUCAUGAAAGACUUGAUAAGAAAUAACUAUGAUGAUGGAUCUGGAGAUGCAAGUAGAUUGGAAGGUGGUUCAGGUUCUAACCUUAAUAUCGAAAGAUACAAUAGUGCUAGACGGCAAAGAAGUCAUUCUGUUUUCACACUUUCUUCUGGUACUUCAGACAAUCAUUACAAACAAACAAAAUUAACUAAAUGCACCCAAGAAGCUGAUGCCUUAAAAACAAAUUUGGCUAAAACAGAUAACCACUAUUGCUGCUGUCCUUAUCACAAAGUACAUCCAAAAAUUGGUGUCGUAGAUAGUUCAGUUCAGGUUAAUUUAAACUGUUGUAAGGAUAAUUCUCCUGUUAGAUCACAAACCUGUUCCACGUCAUGUGCGCCGGUCCAUCAAUCAGGUCCCCAUAAAUGUGAAAAAUGUAAUACUAUUUACAAAACUCAUAAAUUACCUAAAUGCGUACCCGAAGACAGGGAAGAAAUAAAAUACGUGUGUUUGUGCACAGAGGACACAGUCUCAAAAAAUGAAAUGCCCGAAAAUAUAUUAAUUUACAAGUGUUCGCGUCUGAAUAAUAAAGGAUUAAAAAUGGAUACAGUUUUAAAAGCAUCUACUGCAGUUAGUACCCCUUCUAGCAAUUCGACAUCGCCUCGGAAAAUAUCUACAUUCGGAAGUCAAGAUUGUGAGAGGAAAUGUUUGGUUAUAAAGGAUAGUAAUUGUUGUAAUAUUCAAACAAAAUCAUCACAAACUGAUCUCGAUUUACGGCUUGCGUUACGAAAUCGAACAAGUGAACAAUCAACACAAUCAUCGACUUCUGAAGAUAGAAAUGGCAAGUUUUCACUUUGUGGCAAAAAACCUAGUAUAUUUGUUCAUGAAGCUACAAGAGUUGUUCAGACCGAAAUCAGCAUAGAUCCAAAGAUGUCUGAUCCAUCAAUAUCUGAUAUUAAUAUCGUUAAUGACGAAUGUUGCGUUCAGUUGAUUAGCGAGAGAUUUAAAGAAAUUACGAAAAAUUCUUCUUGCAAUCAGGUCAAUAAAUGUUCGGAAGGACCCUUACGAAUGGAAGAAAGAGAACCUGUAAAGAAGGUUUCUGCAAAUACUAAAGAGACUUCGACAAACACUGUUGAAAAAUUCGAUAAAGAAAUACAAUCGAGUCCAGAUUUACCAAACACUCCUAUAACUAAAGCUAACGAUAGACAAGGUGAAAAUAAUUAUACUAUACCUAUUCAAGGCACGAACAUGAUGCUUAAAGUGUGUUUAGGCUCUGAAAACAAAGGAAUAAACAAGGAUUUCGACAGAAACCUGUCGAAAAAGUCUGAGGUAGAGUCCUCUUCAAAGGGGACUGAAACGGUAAAGAAUGACGUUGUUGAAAAUUUCACAUCAUUAAGGGAAGACUGUUCGAAAGCCGUACAAUGCAAUGAUACCAAUAUAUUUAAAAACUUUUAUAAAAAACCUGAAUCUUCAUGUGUUCAAUCCAGUAGGUGUCAAGACAAAACCCCAGCAGAUAUCGUAGACUCUGAACUAAAUAAUAAAGCUCAUUGUAAACUCACUACAAAACCUACUUGUGAAAAAAUUGUUUUUACUGAUAAUAAAUGCAAUACAUUCCCGAAAAACGGCCGAAGCAACGUACAGAAACCUCUUCUCCGUUCAAAUACUGAUACGGGGAAAAUGGAAAAAUGUUGUCGCGUGACAUUUAACAAAAAAGCCACCAAAGAUGACGGGGUACAACCAGACCCAGAAAUUUUAACUAAGAAGCAACCGCCAAAAGGUGUUUGUAACGAAAAAUGCCAAGAAAAGUAUGAUUCCUGCUGUUCCGACAAAUCUUUGAAAUCCAUUGAUGUGAGUUCUAAAAGCAAAUGUAGUUCUGAUUUAGAUGAACUAUCUCAAUUAAAACCAUGCACAAGUGAGUCUGAUGACAAUAUAAACAAAUGCAUAUCCAGGGAUCCAUUGAUAGAAAUGAUUCAAGACAUAACAAAGCGAUAUUCAAAGAAAGAUUAUGAAAAAGGUAAAAGAAACAAAUGCUUUAAGGAAAUCAUCACAGUUCUCAACUAUUUUCUCGAUACAGAAGAGAGUACGGAUCAAGAUAUAUAUAAAGCUUCUUGUUGUACUGGUGAUGAAAAUGAAGGUCAUGAGAAAAAAAAGACUAAUAGUGAAUGCUGUGGAUCCGUUCCAAGCAAGACUUUUGUAGACAAAAGUGUUCAAUUAUCAGCAAAAAAAUCUAAAACUAAACAGUGUACUGAAUCAUCUGAUCUGCCGCUCUCGAGUGAUCUACCUAGCACUUCAUCCGACUCGGCUACUUGCAAAGUGUUAAAUAAAAUCAAAAGAGAGUGUGAGAAAUACCAUCAAAAACGAUGCAAAUCUUACAACGGUGUGAAAAAAUGUGACGCAUCAAGCAGUACUUCGGUAAACUGUAAUCAAUGCAGAAAGGUUCAUCACUGUUCUUGUCGGCAGCACAAGUGUAAAAAUCACAAAACCAAAACUCCUGUUGAGAAGACAAAAAGGAAUUGUAUAGCUUACAACUUGAUCAUACAAACAUCUGACAGCAUGAUCAGCGAGGAAGUUACCUGCGGAUACAAAGAGCGACAGUUACAGAAUAUUAUAGUAAAAGUACCUUCAAAACGAAAAGAAGAAGAUAUACCUUUUAAGGAAAUGUCUAGAAAGAUUGAAAAAAAGAUGAGAAACUGUAGUCCUCGCUGUGGUAAGAACUAUCGAUCGAAGAGUUGUCCAAAUGAGAGUGAAAUAUCAAGUACUGAUGAAUUUUUAAAAAGGGCUCGUGAGUUGACCGUUAGAGAAUACUUGGAACAAAAUCGACCAGACUUUGUUGAGAAGAGUUCAAAACGACAACAUUGCUUGAAAUUGAUUAAUGAAUCGCGAGCAAAUGAACGAAAUACCAAACGGAAAUUGCUGUCAUUGCAACUGGACAAGCAACAGACUCUAAACAGUCUCACAAAUGCAGAAUUACAAAACCUGGCUAGAGAAUUAGGCCAUGAGCUUAGAAGGAAAAAAGUGGCUCCAAAAUUCAUAAAUGAACGUGAAAUGAAAAAACAUUCUGAAAAAAUUUACAAGUCUCUACCCGAAGUCAUGCGGCAAAAAGAAGAGAUGAAAAAGGAAAAUAUUAAAAAAACUAACUUAUUAAUGGCCAGUUUAUUUAAAAAGAAUCUACAGAAGAAAACACUCAGUGGUGAUGUCAAUUUAUCCAACUACAACACAGUCAUAAAGAUAUGA